AACCUCAUGUUAUUUACCUAUUGUGGCUGCCGCGCCAAACCCUUGAGCUUCGAACCCAUGGCGAAACCGUCGAAAUCAAAGAACUCAUCAUCGGAAGACGAUGAUGAAGCUCUAUACAAUGCCAUCAAUAUGUCGUCGUCGUCGAACAAGCAUUUUAGUCACCCCCACAACCUAACCCUCCUUAAAUUCCCAAAUAUCGGAAUCGAUUGCUCUGGUUGUAACUUGCCAUGCUCAGGUGUGAUUUUCGUCUGCAGUCAAUGCAAGUUCUUCCUCCAUCAACAAUGCUUUCUAGCGAGUCGCUCCAUAAACCACCCAUCCCACCCUAUUCAUCCUCUAACCCUAGUCCCAUACCCUACUUACACCUCCGGUUCCUUCACCUGCGAUUCCUGCGGUCAAUCUGGAUCUGGGUUUUGUUUCAGUUGCUCAAGCUGUGACUUUGAUCUCCAUAUCCAUUGUGCUUCUGAAAAUACCACAACCACAAAUCAAGAAGUUGAACUUGGAAAGUUUAUUUCAUCUCAACAAGAGGAUGAAGAAAAUGAAGAGGAAAAAAUGACCAACGAAAUAACCAACAAAAGAAGAAAGCUAGCUAUUGGCUGCACAUCAUUGGAAGACUCACUGGCAGCAGAAGUAAUUAUCAGCAAUGUAGAUCUUCUGACGGAGAUCCUUUUACAUGUGCCGACAAAGUCACUCCUCAGAUUCAAGUGUGUAUCUAAGCAUUGGCUCUCUCUCAUCUCUGACCCACAAUUUUCCUGCAACCAUGCCCGCCGAAUGAAGAUUUCAUUGAUCUCGGGCCUAUACUUCCACUACAAACCUUGGAACUUCAAGGAACUUAUUUCUGUUUCAUUUCACAGCCACUCCAGUCUUCCAACACUUGCCUUCCUCAACGGUGUUGGAGAAAGAUCUACACCUAGGAUUGUGGACUCUUGCAAUGGCUUACUGUUGUGCUCGAAGGUUUACGGGAGGCAUUUCAUUGUUUGUAAUCCGACCACCCAGAAAUACACUACACUAGCUGAACCCAAUAGCAAAUCAUCUAGAUUGUCACUUCAUGGGUUUGGUGCUUACUUAGCUUUUGAUCCUUUAAAAUCACCUCACUACAAAGUUGUAUUGGUUAAUUGCUCUCCUCUUUUCGCUGGAAUCAGAGGAAGCUCCUAUUGGAUUGAUAUCUACUCUUCAGAAAGUGCAUCUUGGAAACACAUUCCUGUCAGUACAUCACCAGGUGACUCCCUCACACGCAGGGUCUUUUGGAAUGGAGCAAUUCAUUGGAUGAGUGACCAGAACAUUCACUUUCGAUUUGAUGUUGAUGCGGAAACUCUGACGGGAGCUCCAAUGCCUCCAUACCCUAAAAUUCUUUCUGGCGGGAAGUAUAUGUAUUUUGGAGAAUAUCAUGGCCAUUUGUUUCUCAUUCAGACUAGUCAGUGCUCUCCUAUGGGAUUCAGAAUUCUUGAGAUGGACAGGGACUCCUGCUGCUGGAAUGUGAAGUACCGGGUUAGUCUGAGACGUUUGAAAGCUGCAUUCCCUGAGAAUUUUCACCCACCAUUUUCUGUGCUGUCUGUUGUCAAGGGAGCAAAUGAAAAAGAUUUUGAAAUGAUAUUAGCUAUCCAUGGCAAAUAUAUUUCUUAUAAUCUGGAUUGCAAGACAUGGAAGGUGCUUCGUGAUUUGCAGCCUGGUGAUUUUCAUGAAUCAACUGGUUAUAAUAAUGCUUUUCAAUUCAUUGAAAGCCUAUCCACUGUUUGAGACAACAUGUUCUACUUCUACAUGUUGGAAUUUUUUGAACACAUCUUAUAAUCUUUUUGCGAGAAUCAACUUCUCAGUGUUAAAAUUGUUGAAUAUUUCGCCAUCUCAGUGAUAGUAAUUGGUCCUUGAUCUAAAUAUUGUUGUAAUUUCUUUUGUUAUCCAAAUAGUUUUGACAUCUCAAAUGGUAGUAAUUCCAUUCAUUGGA